UACAAAGUUUGUGAUUAUUGUUGUCAGAGUUUUGGUUAUUUAAAAGGGUAUAAGAAUGGAUUCUGAUGAUGGACUCAUGCUUAACAUUAGUGCUCCUAAUUUGGAUGAAUCUCUAACUCGUAAAAGCGAAAAUCGACACAAAAACAAGAUUUCCAAUUGGAAGGAAAGGAAACUGCAAAGAAAACAAGUACCGGUCUCCAUUCACAAAGACAAAUCCAAAAAAGGCGCUGAAGAAACCAGGGCAAGUCAAGUCUACAAUGAUGAUUUAACCAAAAUACCAAAUUGUGAGCACAACUCUUCACAGAAACCACAGGUCAUCUCAAGUCUUUUCAGACAUAAUCCAAAGAUUCCAAAGUUUAAAAGCUCACAGCAAUCACCCAAUGAAGACAGUAAAGAUGGUCCUCUAUUUUCUGUUGAUAAAUUUGGUGAUCUGCCUUUAUCAGCUCACAUGAUUUCAAAUCUUGAAAAUAAUCUGAAAAUGACAACACUGACAAGUGUUCAAAAACUUGCCAUACCAGCAUUGAUUGGAGGAAAAGAUGUCUUUGUCAAAUCUAAAACAGGAUCAGGGAAAACACUUUGCUAUGCUCUUCCAAUAGUUCACUCUCUUCAAAAGAUGCAUCCUAAAAUAGAGAGAUGUGAUGGGCCCUAUGCAUUGGUUCUUGUGCCAACAAGAGAACUAGCACUUCAAAGCCUGAAUCUUCUUCAAAAGCUUGUCAAGCCAUGCCAAUGGGUUGUACCUGGGUUUGUUGUUGGAGGAGAAAAAAGAAAAUCUGAAAAGGCCAGGUUACGUAAAGGCAUUAACAUUCUUGUUGCUACUCCUGGACGUCUUCUUGAUCAUAUUGAGAAAACCAAUUGCUUACAGUUUGAUAAGAUCCAUUGGGUUGUACUUGAUGAAGCUGACAGACUUCUAGAUAUGGGGUUUGAGAAGGAAGUGUCAUCAAUACUACAGGCCGUCAAAGAUCAGUUAUCUCCAAACGCUGCAUUUCAAACUGUCUUGAUGUCUGCUACCCUCAAUAAAGGCAUUGAAAGGCUGGUACAAAUGUAUCUUAAUGAUCCAAAAUUUGUCAAUGAAGCAGAAAUACAAGAUGUCUUUCAGGUGGAAAAGGUUGUUUCUGAAGACAAACCUACCACCAUGCCACACCAGCUUCAACAAUUCUUUGUUAUUGUUCCCAGCAAGAUGAGAUUAGUAACUCUUGCGGCAUUUAUACUUUGGAAAUACCAGGAUACAAGACAUUCAUGUAAAAUGAUAGUGUUUCUGUCAAGUCGUGACUCAGUAGACUUUCACCACAGUUUAUUUCAAUCAAUUCUCCAAAUAGAUAAUCUGAAGUUGUUCAAGCUGCAUGGUAACAUGUCACAAACUGAGCGGACGGAAGUAUUCAAAGAUUACAGCAGUUGUGCGGCAGGAGUUUUAUUGUGUACAGAUGUUGCUGCUCGUGGGCUUGAUUUACCAAAUGUCAAUUGGAUUAUCCAGUACAAUACUCCAGGCAGUGCUGUAGAUUACAUCCAUCGAGUUGGAAGGACAGCAAGAAUAGGCAAUGAAGGACAAGCAUUGCUGUUCCUGACACCUUCAGAGGCAGCCUAUUUAGAAACCCUUGCAGAGAAUAACAUAAGACCAAAUGAGAUUCUUGUCACAGAUGUUUUGUGCUGUCUAGUUCCCUCAACUAACUUGAAAAGUAAAGAUAAAAAGAAGGAUAUAAUUAGGAAACUUUCACAAGAUGCAGCUACUGACUUGCAGUUGAAGUUUGAACAGUUUGUACUCUCAAGCAAAGAAAACACCAAAGCUGCUAAACAAGCUUACCAGUCCUUUAUAAGAUCAUAUGCAACAUUUCCAUCAAGUCUCAAGCACAUCUUUCACAUCAAAAACUUACAUCUUGGUCACGUAGCCAAAGCAUUUGCCCUGAGAGAUGCACCAGGAGGGAUGUUUCACCAAGGAAAGCAACAAAAUAAGAAGAAAAAAACAAGUAAGAAACCCUUGAUAAAACCAUCCAAACGAGGUCACCCCAUAGAUGAGCAUGAUGGAGAUAAAUCAACAAGUGGACCACGACCAAAGAAAAGAAAGAAAAAGCAAUAGUCAUGAACCAUUAUAAUAACUUUUAUU